AUGUCUCGCCACAAGUUUGUCAAAGCAAUGGCUCUCGAUUACGAUGACGCAGAUGACAUUUACGAAGAAGAUUAUGAGGAGGAGGAAGCUGGUCAAGAACUGAGUGAAGAAGAUCAAGAGCAGAUGCGAGAAGGAACGAUCAAAGUACGCGAAAUCUUACCAGCCGAUUCGACCAAUUUCACGGAUAAGCAAAUACAAGAAGCCUUGUGGCAUUAUUAUUACGAUAUAGAAAAGUCAGUCACAUACCUGCUCGGAACUUUAACGCCUAAAGUUCCUAAGAAAGCUGCUGGAAAGAAAGGUUCUGAUGUCUACAAUGGAGAUUAUCCUUCCUCAAUACACACUACAACCUCGUCUGCCAAAAACUUCUUUGCUGAUACGCCAUGGUUCAAAAUACCUUCUGAACGUCUUGCAAAAUUCACACCUCCGCCACAACUCCCAGGCGGGCUUUUGGGAGGUUCUUCUGGAGGUGUUCCAAAGAUAUCAAAGUUACAGGCUUUAGCAGCGGCACGGAAAAAGAAGGCACAAGAGCAGCAGAGUUCGUCCUUGGAGGUUGAAAAGCCUAUGGCAAAUCUUUCUCUAGACCAAACUGGGGGUAAAAGCUCAACGGAACCGCACGAUGAGAAGUCUAUAGCAAGUAGCAGCGAUUCUUUAUCCAAAGAUGCGAAACAUGGAGGAUUUCCAUUGAGGAAACGCAAAGAUUCCAACCCGCACGAAAAGGUCCUUAAGCCGCAACCAACAUCCAGGGGCUAUAAGACAGAGAUUGAGCCCGCAGUUGAAGAAUCUUCUCCUGUCUACCAGGCUAGCCCAUCUGCUUUCGCUAGCACCAUGUUUCAAACUGCAAGCGCAAGUCCGAGACGCCCUUCGGAGAAUAAUUUUACCAUGCCGUACACCUCAGAAGUCCUGAUUAUGCCAGCUAACCCCUUUUCAGGACCUAGUCCAGACGACGUUGUCAUAGCAGCGCAGUCGAAAGCCGCUGGUAAAGGAAAAAAGGGACCGGCAAAGGGUCCAGCAAAAGUAGAGGGCCCAACUGAUGUUGAAACACAUAAGAUAAAGAGCAAAGAUUUAGAUGUUUUAGCAGAAUUCGAGAAAGCCAAAAGUAAAAAUGCUGCGAACUUUGUAGUUAUAGGUCAUGUUGACGCUGGAAAAAGUACUUUGAUGGGUCGUCUGCUUUACGACCUAAAAGUUGUAGAUCAAAGAACAGUAGACCGUUAUCGUAAGGAGGCAGAAGCAAUGGGUAAAUCCUCAUUCGCUCUUGCCUGGGUUCUGGACCAAGGAACGGAAGAGCGUAACAGGGGAGUAACGAUCGAUAUUGCGAUGAACAAAUUCGAAACUGAAAAGACGACAUUCACAAUUCUUGAUGCUCCGGGUCAUCGCGAUUUCAUUCCGAAUAUGAUUGCUGGAGCAAGUCAAGCGGACUUCGCUGUGUUAGUAAUUGACGCCAGUGUUGGAUCUUUUGAAUCGGGAUUGAAGGGACAAACGAAAGAGCAUGCAUUAUUGGCUCGAAGUAUGGGUGUUCAACGAAUUAUUAUAGCAGUCAACAAAUUAGAUACCGUCAGUUGGUCGCAAGAUCGUUUCGAUGAAAUCUCACAACAAGUUUCUGCUUUCCUUACAGCAGCUGGAUUCCAAGAACAGAACAUCAAAUUCAUACCAUGUUCUGGCCUUCGUGGUGAUAAUAUCGCCAGAAAAUCAACAGAACAAGCAGCGGCAUGGUAUACAGGACCAACUCUUGUGGAGGAACUCGAUCAUUCUGAACCAGUAGCCAGAGCUCUGACCAAACCCCUUCGCUUAACCAUCGGCGAUAUCUUCCGCGGCGGCGUACAAAAUCCAUUGAGUAUAUCCGGACGCAUCGAAGCCGGCUCCCUUCAAGUGGGCGAUCAACUGUUAGCACAACCUAGCAACGAAAAAUGUUUCAUCAAAGGCCUCGAAAUGGAUAACGAAACGGUUGAUUGGGCAGUCGCAGGCCAAAUCAUCACAAUCCAUCUUAGCGAUAUCGAUCAAGCUCAUCUCAAAAUCGGCGAUGUACUUUGCACACCUAGUCAACCGAUUAGUGUUAUCAAAACCUUCACAGCCAAGGUUCUGGCCUUUGAAUUCUUGACCCCAAUGCAAGUCGAUGUUCAUAGAGGUCGUAUGCAUACUGCGGGUAGGAUUAAGGAGUUGGUGGCGGUGUUGGAUAAGGGAACGGGGAAGACGUUGGGGAAGAAGAAACCCAGGAUUGUUAAGCCGGCGCAGGUGGCGAGGGUGCUGGUCGAGUUGGAGGUUCCGGUGCCGUUGGAGGCGCCCGGGAGAGUUAUCUUGAGGUGUGAUGGGGUGACGGUUGCGGCGGGGUUGUUGGAGUAG